AUGUACCAGGAGGCUGCAGACACUGUUGUUCAGGGCCUCAGUGAGUCCUGCCCAUCCAGCACCUGUCAAACCCAGGCAGCCAUUGCUGUGUGGACACCUAAGAGACAGAGCCUCUCUGAAAACACAAUUGGCAAAGAUCUCCAGAACACGAGGACAGGUCAAAGGCAAAACAGAGGGAUGAGGACUCGCCUGGGUUGCCUGUCUCACAAAUCAGAUUCAUGCAGCGACUUCACAGCUAUCCUUCCGGACAAACCCAACCGGGCUUUGAAAAGGUUAUCGACAGAAGAAACUACAAGAUGGGGAGAUUCUUUCGAUGUUCUCCUGUCCCACAAAUAUGGAGUGGCAGCAUUUCGAGCCUUCCUGAAGACAGAAUUUAGUGAAGAAAACCUGGAAUUCUGGCUGGCUUGUGAGGAGUUCAAAAAGACACGGUCUACGGCCAAAUUGGCUUCCAAGGCCCAGAGGAUUUUUGAAGAAUUCAUUGAUGUGCAAGCGCCACGAGAGGUGAAUAUAGACUUCCAGACUCGGGAAGAGACAAGAAGGAAUAUACAAGAGCCAUCCCCAUCCUGCUUUGACCAGGCCCAGGGGAAAAUUCACAGCCUUAUGGAAAAAGACUCUUACCCCAGGUUCCUGAGGUCCAAAAUUUACACAGACCUGCUGUCUCAAACCCAGAGAAGGCUCAGCUAG